AUCCCAUUGCCAUUGACAGCUAUCGACAUUUGCAGGUUAUGUGCAAUUGUGUGCAAUAGCUGUCGGUAGUCAUUUGUUUUCUAAUUUAGGCCUACUCCGAAAUAAAAUCAAAUAACAACAAUGGUCAAUUGGAGUGCCUUCAGGCCUCUCCUGACGAGCCCGUUCCUGAAGAACGCCCUCAAUGGAGCUGUGAAAAGGAACAUGAGUGACCACAGGGUCAUUCCCAUGCAACCAUCAAAAUGGCAAUGGAACAAGUUCAAGGAUCUAAUGAACUUCUAUGUGCUCCUUGGAGUUAUACCAUUGGGUGCCAUCACCUUAGGCACGAACAUCUUCAUUGGUCCUGCAACUCUUACUAAAGUACCUGAGGACUAUACACCUAAAUACUGGGAGUAUUACAGACAUCCAAUUACCAGGUUCAUUGCCAGGUACAUUUUGAAUGAUCCUCAGCAAGAUUAUGAAAAAUACUUGCACAUGUUAUAUGAAGAAAGUGAAAGGGCCAGGCUCAGGCAAAUUGAGAGAAUGAUUCUAAACAGGAUGGAGAAGAAUGAGGAUUACCAAGCUUAUUAUUACAGACCUGUCCUGGCUAAAUACCAUAGGAUGUCCAAGGAUGCUGCUGAUUACCUCAAGACAAUUCGUGGUGAUUAAAAUGUUAUCCUAUAUUAAAUAGUAAUAAAGAUUUUAGCAGCAA